AUGAAACACCCUGGCUGUGAAGUCGGACCCUGCGCCUUCCCCCGGGAAGGCGCCAACCCCAAACCCAACACUUUUAACUCGGAUUUGGUAGACCAGGAGGAGGAGGAUCAGGGGCCACCGAGCCCUAGGGCCGAUUCCGAAGCAGAAACCAUAAUUCAGUCCGGUCGCGAGUCGCUUUCACCCGAAAAGAAGCGUAAACAUAUUCGACAUGACCCUCUCCGCCAAGCUGUUAACGGUGUGGAUGCCGCCCAACGAAAGAAGCCGCGACUCGGCGAUCGAGGACCCUCGGGCUCUCGGUCGCCUAGUCCUGGACAAGUGCGAUCCCCGUCAUCUGUUGUAAAGAUCGAGAAAGUGGAGGAUCUCCCGUCGGUUACGCGGGCCGCCUUGGACGAAACGAGUGUGAAUCAAGGAGAUAAACCUCGCAUUUAUCGGAAACGAAGUUUCAGUGACAGCGUGGAGGACAAGGGCGACCGGCAGCGCGGCUCUAACCCUAUGAAUGAUAUCCCUAACCUGAAGCGCGUCAAUGCUCAGUCACAACAGAGCACUCGUUCAGUCUCCCCCAACCGAUCUCACCAACGCUCUUCAUCGGGUUCCCAAAUAAAUAGCAAGAAGAAAGCACCAACUCCUCUCCUCACCGGUGGCUAUCAGCGCCAGGUUUCGGAAGAUAGACAAUCCACGUCAUCAUCAGCGAGCAGUUCACCUUUGCCGAGCAAUCAUCUUCGAAGGUUGGGAUCUGGCGCGGGCGCUUCUGCAUCCCCCGCUAAGCACAUGGGCCCUAAGAAACUGCGCGACAAAAGUGGACGGACGCCAUUGGCCAGAGCAUGCGCCGACCGCAAGCAUGACCAGGUGAUGGCACGUCACAGUGAACGCCCAGAAGACUUGAACGUGCCCGAUAACGCAGGGAAUACGCCUUUGCAAAUUGCGUCGCUCAACGGAGAAGCUUCUAUCGUCAAGUUUCUUCUGGACGCUGGCUGUGAGAUCAACACCAAGAAUAUCGAUAAAGAUACUCCUUUAAUUGACGCAGUGGAAAAUGGCCAUGUGGAGGUUGUGAAGCUCUUACUGGAUGCGGGCGCCAAUCCUCGCACUGUCAACGCAUCUGGUGAUGAGCCAUAUGAAUUAGUACCCCAGGAACUCAAGGAAGAGAAGGAAGAAGACUAUGAAGAGAUCAGGAAAGCUCUUGCAGACGCUAAAUCGAAUCAACGGCCGGGUGGGAGAUCGGAAGAGCGAAUCGGCUCAGAUAGCAAAGCGACAUCUUCACGGCGCGCUUCAGGAGCCACCCCCCCGCCGUUGAGUGGUGCCGCGAGUCGCCGAAAGACUGGCCGAAGCGAAGCGACAAGAAACGACCUCUUGUGGACUCAACCGACUCCAGAAAAUCUCAUGAAUUUUGCUGCCAAGGGUGAUGAACAGGGAGUGGUGAGCAUCUUGAAUGUGUUGCAAAAGGCUGAUAACGCGUCUUUGAUUGCUGCUGCGAAAGGAGGCCAUGGUGAUGUGUUAUCUCUUAUGUACGCCAUAGGAAAUGCGGAUGCGGAUCCCAACCCAUUGCGUGGUGCUGGUCACAAGGCCGGGUAUAACACGCCCAUGCUUGCUGCUAUUGGUCGAGGCAACACCGCCGUCAUCGAGCUCAUUCUCAGUCAGCCUGGCUUCAAUCCCACUCGCCGCCUUUUUGAAGACAGGACUUACUAUGAACUCUCUCGCGCCCGCCAGGGUGAAAACUGGGAGCAAGAAUAUGAUCUCUUGAAGAGCGCGUAUGAGAAAUAUUCAAACGAGAAAGGCCGCAAGGGGCAUUCGUCUCCUCGCCGCGCGCGGACGAAGGUGAAGGAUGAUGAGAGGCACAGACGGAGAGAGUCCUCGUCGCCAGUCGACCGUCCGCCUAAAAAACUGAAGGAAAGUCCCACAUCGAAACCCCACUCGCAAUCCAGCCAACCCUUGUCCCGAUCUCGUCCCAAUGAAGACCAUCCACGCCCGAGAAGCUCCAAAGAUCAAAGAAGCAACGCGGUUCCUACCUCUGAUCAUGAUUCCAACCACCCGGAUUCUAUGAAGCCGAAGUCUUCAUCUGCCCGACGAGGCAGUGAAUCAAGAGGCGGUGAAUCCAGGGGGACCGAAUGGAGCGGUACUUCACGGCCUGACGAGACGCGAAAACGUCGAUUAAUUGCUGGACGUCGUCCUCAAGAGCAUGAUCGCCGUCCCAAUUCCUUCUCCGGGCGUGAAGAAUCUUCUAAAGCUACAGAUUCAUCUCUGAAACGUAUUCGUGCCGAUACCUCGCCUGAACGGUCUCGCUCUCGCGGGCCUGAUCAAGAUCGACUAUCCCCUGAAUCGCGAAAGAAGAAACGACGGAUUCUUACAGAGGAGAAGGUAUCCAACAUGUCUAACGGUAGUCCUCCCAACGCUCAUGACAGUAUUGAUGGCGAGAAGGCGAAGUCCCAUCACCCUCAAGAGGAUCAUCAUCCUCCCGAAAGCCCAGCUAUGAGAUCGAAGUCUACCGACGGCCCGAAGAAGCCGGCUUCACCAAAGCCGUCCGCCGGGGACACCAAUAAGCGAGUCGGCGCUACUGAAACCGAGUCAUUGGAUCACGAGUCAUUGGAUAACGGUCCCGCUGAAGUAGUGUCGGCUGAGAAGCAAGCUGAAGCUGAAGCCGAGAAACGACGCCAGGCGCACGCUAAGAAGGUCGAGGAGGAUCGACUUGCUGAAGAAAAACGUGCCGAGGAAGAAGCCGAACGUGCACGGCUGGCGAAGGAAGAGGCAGAGCGGACCGCGCGUGUUGCGCGUGAGAAGGCCGAAGAGGAGGAACGUAAGCGCAAGGAGGUCGAACAGCGUCGAGCUAAGCAAGCGGAAGAUGAACGUCAGAAACGGGUCGAGCAGGAGCGCGCUCGCAUCAUGAAGGUGCACCGCGAGCAAGAAGCGCAGGAACAACGACGUCGUGAUGCUCUCCCUGGCCGCUUACGGACGUCUGCCAAUUUGAUCGGCUCCAACGACCCCUACGGAAAAAGUCGCCAAUGGCUUGAGAAGUUCACGCCCUUGGUGACUGCUUUCACUCGCCAGCUUGAACCAAACUGCGCACCCGAUGUGGCAGAGGAAAAAUGGAUUCCCAACUACUUGGCUGCGCCCUUGCUGGGUACCAACGACCUGCAAUUGUCGCAGUAUGCUAGCUGGGAGAAGCGCAAAGCAACUCCAACCCAGCGGAAUAAUCUUUGGCGGUGUACUCGUCGUCACCUAGUUCCGAGCGAGGAAAUCAGGUAUCGCAAUGCGACGUUUGGACAAAUCAUGCAGUUGGAUUCAGAGACCCGGCCGAAGUAUUUCGGGAUGGAACACGUUUUCUGGAUCAAGCUUUAUGAUUUCAUGGACCUCGUUCCCCACAUUCCUCACUUGCACACUCUCAAGCUCGAUGACUUUAUGAGCAUGCACAUCGACCCCGAGCCCGAUAGCCUUCCUCCUGUCCAAACCAACGGCCGCCACACUCCGGUGCUUGACUCUUUCCCCGAACCUCAUACCCCCGGCGCUUCCAAUGGCCACAAUUACUCUCGACCUGGUACAUAUUUCUAG